UGUUCACUGCUAUAAAGAUUUUAUUUCGCGGUUGUUUUCCUUCUAGAAAUGUGGUUUUACGAUGAAGCUGAUUUUUCAUAAUGUACUCUUACUUAUUUUAAUAUCGGCGUCACACACAACCUUAAAUUCGAAUUUGAAAGAGAACGUAAUAUCUUUCCUGCAAGGAUCACAGGACAAUAAGCAUACUAUAUACGAUGUCUCUAAUAAAGAACAUGACAAUAAAAUUGACAAAAGAAUUCCGAAACAAACAGCUAAUGUAAUUAGAGUUAACGAGUUCAAAAAUCUAAAUGAUUUAGGGAUAUCAAAAACAAAAGAUAAGGCCAGUAGAAAAAGGUACCAUAUUGAUUCGUUGUUGAAUUAUUUGAAGCGAAGAGCUGGGAGUUCCCGUGUGCUGUCCACUUCGAAUUCCGAAAGUUCUAGUAGGGAGUUGAAAGAUUGGAAGGAGCAUUGGAUACAGAAGAAAUUCGAAGCAGCUAACGCUACACCGAUUAGAGGAGACGAUGUUAACAUGGUUGCUGCUAGAUCUUGGGGCGUUCCUUGUGGAGAUCCAAACCAACAUGAUAUACCUUGGGGAACGUGUAUGUUGCCCAUGGAGUGUGAAGCUGAAUAUCGUAUCUAUAGAGGCGACUAUUUAUGUGGUUGGACCCAGUUCGUGUGCUGUUCUUUGCAGCUUACAACUUAUGACAUGUACCAGCGAUUCGAUAUUUCUUUCGCUGAUUCAAGUUUAGCUACAGAUUCAGAAGAGAAGAGGAAUAAAGGUAAGAGCUUAAAAGAAAGAAAGGGCAGAAAGAGAUUGAUGAAGAAAAAGAAGCGUAAGAGGGAGAGAUUGAAACGUAAACGAAAGAUAAAGAGAAAUAUCAAGAAAAUUAUAAAAGAAAUUAGAAAGAUCCUAAAUAAGUCCUAUAGUAACGGUACAACCGCAAGAAAGAAGAAGACUAAGCAGUUGAAGGCGUUCAUUCAGCAUUUGAAGAAACAAUUCAAGAAUGACAGGAAGCAUGUAAAGAAUAUUCACGAAUUGGAGUUGAUGAAGAUUGAUUCAGCAUUACAAACAAAGUUGAAUCAAAUAAGAAACAUGAACCAGGACUUUAUAAAGAAUUCCACGUUUAGAGACAUCGUAGUGAAUGGAACUAUUACCAAGGAAGGUGCAAGGAUGUUGGUGGCAGCUUAUCCAGAAUUGGCGAGCUAUUUGAAAACGAGGCGCAGUGGAAAUCGUCCAAAAGAUUAUAUGGAUUAUGAUAUAAAAUACGGAUUGGUUUAUUACUAAAUUUUAGUUACUUUG